AUGCUGAUGUCCGGACGGGUUCAAGUACCGAACUGUGGUGCUAUAUUUCAAGAAACUCAGUUUGGUUGGGUCCUUAGCGGAUCGAUUCCUGAGGAACAACCUGCAGCGCUUCGAUCGUUUUGUGCGCGAGCAGAGGAAGAUAUCGAAGGACUUGUGAAGCGGUUUUGGGAAAUCGAAACAUAUUGUGAUCCGGUUCUACGGAAUCAAACGAAUGAAGAGGAAUGCCUAAACCACUUCCAAGACACACACGAGCGUACCUCAGAAGGGCGGUAUGUAGUUCAAUUACCGUUCAAUGAGUUGAAACACCAAUUAGGAAACUCGCGGAAAAUGGCAGAAAAACGUUUUCUAGCACUGGAAAGGAGACUGGAUCGGGCCCCCGCGUUGAAGGAACAGUAUAUGGCGUUUCUACGUGAAUACGAACUGCUAGGUCACAUGGAACUGAGUGAUGAUGUAAACGAUGAGAGUCAACUGGAGGGAUACUAUCUCCCUCAUCACUAUGUGUUGAAACCUAGCAGUACUACGACUAGACUCCGAGUAGUAUUCGACGGUUCUGCUGAAUCAUCUACUGGGGUUUCGAUCAACCACACACAGUUAACAGGACCAACCGUACAAAAUGAUUUGAUUAGCAUCGUGUCAAACUUUAGAGUCUACAAAUACGGAAUUACGGCGGAUAUACCGAAAAUGUAUCGCCAAGUAGAGGUACAUAGCAACGAUAGGCGAUACCAGAAAAUAUUAAAUAGAUUCAGCAACGACCAGCCGCUUCAGACGUACGUUUUGCGGACAGUUACAUAUGGAUUGGCAUCGUCUCCAUUCCUAGCCACAAUGACAUUACGACAGUUAGCUAUAGAUGAAGGACAACAAUUUCCGUUGGCUGCUAUUGCUGUGGAAAAAUCGUUCUACAUUGAUGACGUCCUAACUGGGGCACACACAUUGGAGGAGGCCCUAGAAUUAAAAGAUCAAAUUAUUAGAUUAUUGCAAAAGGGUGGCUUCAGUGUGCAUAAAAUUUGUUCCAAUUCAGAGAAUGUACUUCAGGAUAUUCCAAGGGAAAUGCAAGAAAGUAGCAUAGAUAUCGAUGAUCCGACCAUAAAUACAGUUAUCAAGACCUUAGGUGUAGCCUGGUGUCCAAGGGAAGAUUGUUUCACGUUUGUCGUUCCCAUUGAAGAAACCGUUCAAACUGAUAGGCUGACUAAAAGAAUGAUUCUCAGCCAGAUCGCGAAGAUAUUUGAUCCUUUGGGUUUCGUAGGCCCAGUGGUUACAGCAGCAAAACUAAUAAUGCGGGAACUAUGGUCGCUUAACCUAGAUUGGGAUCAGCCUGUACCAAGUGAGAUGGCGAAUUUUUGGACCGAUUUCCGAAAUCAACUUCAUUGGCUCAAUGAACUAACGAUACCUAGAUGGAUUCUUGCGAACGAAAUUCGAACUAUAGAAUUGCAUGGAUUUGCGGAUGCAUCCGAUUUGGCGUAUGGGGCUUGUUUGUAUAGCAGGCUCGUGAGAAGCGACGGCACAGCAGAACUCAAAUUAAUAUGCAGCAAAUCUAGGAUACUACCGAAGAAAAAGGGAAGUCAAAAAGAGAUAACAACACCCCGAGCGGAAUUGUUGGCAGCUCAGUUGCUGUCGAGGUUAACGGUUAAACAACUGAAGGCUCUUGAUGUCAAAUUCGAAACCAUAAUCCUCUGGAGCGACUCGCAGAUAGUUUUGUGCUGGCUCACCAAAUCGCCAGACGCUCUCGCUGUCUAUGUCGGGAACAGGGUUCGUGAAAUUCAAGAGUUAACCGAACCGUUUUUUUGGAAAUAUAUCCCUUCCAAAUUCAACCCAGCUGAUUGCUUAUCGCGAGGGGUAGAGCCGAAGAAAUUGAAAUCACACGAAUUAUGGUGGAAUGGGCCACACAUCUUAAGUCAAAUCGAAGGACAUUUCACCGAGCCAAUACCUAUCCUGGAGGAACAGCUGCCGGAGUUACGCAAAACAACGCUGAUAGCUACGUCGAACAUCCCUAGAUUGAACUUGUUCAACCGAAUCAGUCGAUAUUCCAUUAUACAACGUACAAUGGCGUACGUUGUUCGAUUUUGUGACUACAUCAAGAGCGGCAGAAAAUCUUUAACCAAAGGUUUACUUACCACAGCUGAAGUCUCACGAGCAACUACUUUGAUUAUUCGAUUGGUGCAGAAGGAAACGUUCAAUAAAGAAAUCUGCGCCUUGCAAACCGACAAAGAGUUCAAAUUUUCGACACGAAACUUAAACCCAUUUAUUGAUGAAGGAGACGGUAUAAUGCGCGUUGGAUGUAGAUUGAAGAACGCAAUCAUUCCAUACCAACAAAAACACCCAGCUUUGCUACCCAAGAAGUAUCCUAUGACGGUAGCAUUGGUAAGAUACUUACAUCGCUCGAACAUGCACAUCGGACAACGCGGUCUCUUAGCAAUUGUAAGACAACAGUAUUGGCCGUUAGAUGCAAAGAGUAUGAUCAGAAAUCUGAUACACCAGUGUAUACCAUGUUUCCGGGCGAAACCAACGAGAGCUUCUCAACUGAUGGGUAACUUGCCAGACUAUCGAGUUCAACCUUUUCCUGUAUUUGCAAAUACCGGUUUGGAUUUUGCUGGUCCCUUCCAGAUACGUUCGAAUGCAAAAUUGAGGAGUGCUCCAACUUUGAAGGGUUAUGUGUGCGUUUUCGUAUGUAUGGCAACACGCGCAUUGCAUUUAGAAGCAGUUUCUGACUUGACAACCGACGGAUUCAUGGGGGCACUGCAACGUUUUGUGAGUCGCCGUGGCCUUGUUCAUAAGCUGUAUUCGGAUAACGCCACAAACUUUGAAGGAGCAAAAAAUGAAAUGAGACGAUUGGCAUCGUUAUUCAAGGAAGAACAACACCAGAAGAAGCUCAACGAGUUCUGUACAGAACGAACAAUCGAAUGGUCCUUCAUUCCGCCACGUAGUCCACACAUGGGCGGAAUAUGGGAGGCCGGUGUGAAAUCUGUGAAAUCGCAUUUAAAAAUGGUCAUGGCUGAAAACAAACUAUCAUUCGAACAAUUGGCUACGGUUUUAGCCCAAAUUGAGGCCAUCCUAAAUUCAAGGCCACUCUCUCCAUUGUCGAACGACCCAAACGAUAUUGCAGCCAUCACACCUGCUCACUUCCUAAUCGGGAGAGAGUUUCAAGCAAUCCCUGAGCCGUCAUACCAGCAUCUCCCUCAAGGAAGAUUGUCGAAAUGGCAAUUGGUUCAAGACAUAAGGCAAAGAUUUUGGAGGGUCUGGACUCAGGACUACUUGCACGAGCUGCAGCAGCUGCAAAGAGAUUUCAAGGUUACCAAAUUCGAAGUGGGCGCCUUAGUGCUCAUUGUUGACGACAACAGCCCACCACUUCAAUGGCAGUUAGCACGUAUAAUAGAAUUACACCAAGGAAAUGACGGCCACACUCGCGUGGUUACUUUGCGUACAAAAAAUGGAACGACGAAACGGGCUAUCAAGAAAAUUUGCGUAUUACCUUUGGUCAGUGAACCAGACCACUAA